GCUCGGCCAGGCAGGGCGCUGCGCUGCGCUUCGGCGCCCUGACCAUGCCGUUCUACCGGCGCACGGUGCUGCCCCGCAGUCUCUGCCCCAGCCGCGCCACGCUGCAACUGGCCGAGCUGCGGGACGUCUGCAGCCUGGCCUCGCUCACCCUGCUCCGCCAGCUCGCCGACCUGUGCGGCCACUCGCUAGCACUACUAGGCGAGAUCGAGGGGCACCUGCUGGCGCUAGGGCGCCGAGCCGGCCGGCUGCGCCACCGCAUGAGCCGCCUGCAGGGGCUGCUGCACGGGCGCCCUCACCCACGAGCGCCAGCCACCUCUAACCUGGACCUGGAGAGCAAGAAAACGCCCCACUCCAAAUUGCCAUGGCAACAACCCGUGAACGUGUUCCUGGCCGCGGGCAGGUCGCCCUGCGUGGAGGAGCUGCACCAGGAGGCCCAGUUCAAUCUCCAGAGCUUGCUGCAAGAGGAGUAUGAGGAGCAGUACACAGAGGCUAGGGUCACUGGUCAGACCUUCCGCUACGCCAGCCACCUGCCCCUGGACACGCCCCCUGAGCCCUCUCCCAGGUCCCUGCCUGCCAAGCGCCUGGAGUUCGUGUUUAUGCCCGCAGCCCGGCGCGUGAAUGAGGACGAGGCCACCACACUGGGGGUGAGGCCCCCAGAGCCAUUCCUGAGCCUGCCCACCACCCCAGACAAGCAGCCGGCCUGGACCCGAGCCUUCCCUUUGCCCACCGUGGAGGAGAAGAGGUGGCACCAAUCUUGCUCCUUCCAAGCCAACAUUGUCCCCAUCAAUGUCUCUGGACAGCACUUUGAUAGGCACGCGAGUGUGCGGCACUCCUUGUUUAACACAGAGACCGCGGUGAACCCCAAGUCCACGCUGCGGCGGAGACGGACCAUUAUCGGAUUCCCUAACCUCACGCUGCGAGACCAAGGCAGCAGCAACGGCCCCACAUUCACGCCGCACGCAACCAUCGGGGAGUCAGUCUCCUGCAGCUUUGUCCCCGAGGCUGCAAAUGGGAAAAGCGUGCCCCGGCAGCCCUGCACCCCACCGCCCCCAGCAGCGCCACUGAGAAAGACAUUCAGUGACCUUGGGGGAGGCCUGCAGGCACGCUGCUACCAGCCUCCUGCCAGGAUGGAGAACACAACCACGGCUUACACCAGCCCUGCCUGCAACGGGCCAAAGGACACCACCUUCUCUCCUUCCUGGAACACAGCUUCCUUCAACUGCUUGAGCCCGGCUGAGGAGGACGCAGCGUAUCCCUCGCCCGGCGGCUCCCCGAGGUCCCCAGCCCUGGGUUCGCCUGAGCACUGCGACGGUGUGGCCUCCUUCUUCAUCGCGAAAGAUGAGCAGCCAGGAAGCAAUGGGCCCCAUGCGUUCUCCUGCACUGCUCCAGAGUCCCCACUGAAUGCUGCCAGCAGCCAGACGCCUGAGGGGAGAGAGGCCAAGGUGACCUUCUUGGCCGGUGGCGCAGAGGAGGCUGCACCCUCCCGGCUGGAGCUGGGGGGCAGGGCCUGCCCGUUCCGCGAGAGGUCGCUGUCUGUGCCCACAGACUCAGGCUCGCUCUGCUCCGUGGACAUCACUUACCCUGAGAACAGAAGAGGCAGCGGGACCUACGCCCUGAGCUACCCCAGCGUCAGCUCCGAGGGCAGCACCAGCACGGAGAAUGUCUCCCUGGGGGUGGAGCAGGAUGCCCAGCAGAGGCGCCGCUCCAAGAGCAUCUCUCUCAAGAAGGCGAAGAAGAAACCGUCUCCCCCCAUGCGCAGCGUCUCACUGAUUAAAGACGGGCAGGGGCUCAGUGCAGAGCCUGGCACAGCGCUGCCGAAGGAGCUGCGGCCCAAGAGCCUUUGUCUCCCCUUAGAUCCUCAGGGCCGUGGCAUGGUGCCCACGGACACCCAGGGUAACACAGCAGUGCCUCCUGCCAGGGACCUGGACGGCGGGCAUUUUUCCCAGCACUGGUGCCUCGCAGACUGGAAAGCCAGCGAUCCCUACCGGUCCCUGUCCGGUUCCAGUACUGCCACGGGUACCACAGUGAUCGAACGCAUGAAGGCCCAGGGCAGCUCCGAGUCCCUCCCCUCCCCUUCCAUUUCCAGGGCCACUACGCCCUCCCAGCUCUCCACGGAAGUGGAGCUAAAAAUCUCCUCCCCAGGGCGGCCCGUGAGGCUGAUGUCCCCCUCCAGUGGCUACUCCAGCCAGUCAGAGACCCCGACACCCACCAUCCCCACCUCGGCGAUUCUCGGGCACUCCCCCCACCAGACUGUCAGGGUGAGGCCGCUGGUGCCCGAAAGGAAGUCGUCCCUGCCCCCCCCAUCGCCCAUGGAAAAAAGCCCCAAGUCCCGGCUCUCCUUCGACCUGCACGUCACACCCCUGACGCACCUGGACCUUUCUGGGCUGAAGAUCUCACUCAAGGGGAAGACCAAGGUGAGCAGGCAUCAUUCAGACUCCACCUUCGGGACCAAGCUUGGCCCAAAGACGAGCCCGAUCCAGCCCGUCAUGCCCGUGGUCACCCAGUCAGACCUGAGGUCCGUGCGCCUGCGCUCCAUCAGCAGGUCCGAGCCAGAGGAUGACCUGGACAGCCCAGACCACGCCGAGGAGCAUGGGGGCGACGCCAUACUACUUCCAGGAAGGAAAGCGAAGCCGCCCGUUGCAGAGAAGCCACCACUGGCCAAACGUCCCCCAAACAUCAUAGCCAAGCCCCCGCCUCUGCAGGAGGAGUCUCCCCUGGUGUCUCCCACCUCCCCGCCCACGCCACAGGGCAUCUCUGCCCAGGAGAGGGGGCUGCAGGACAUCUACAUGGUCAUUCGGAAACCCAAGCCUAAGAGGAGCCCAGAGGCCAGGAGCCCCGGAGAGCCCCCCUCUCUGCUGGAGCCCUCCCAGGGCUGCCCAGGGAUCUUUUUCUCAGGACUGCGGCGACUGUCCCAGAGCAACCUGGAGGAGGAGCCCAGAGCCCAGCCGGAGAGGAGUGGCGCCCCCCGUGGGCCCGAGGGGGAGAAGAGGAAAGCCAAAGUUCCACCCCCUGUCCCCAAGAAGCCCAGUGUGCUGUACCUGCCACUCACCCCUCCUCCACCCCACCUAGGAACUUGCCCGGGGGAUCCCAGGCUAACGCCCAGCCCCAUCAUCACCUUGCACGAGGACACCAGCUGCUGCGACCCAGACGCAGACUACCUGCCAUCACCCGAGGCCAUGGGGAAGAACUCGAUCCCCCCAGCUGCUGCCAUGUCCAGGGAGAUUCCUGCAGGCAAUUCCGUGGAGCUCAGCGCUGAUGAGAGGAAUUUUGUAAGUGACAAAACAGCUGAGUCGAUAGUGGAAGAGGAUGAUGAUGUAUUUGUGACGACCCGUACGACAGAGGAUCUAUUUACCGUCAUCCACAGGUCGAAGAGGAAGCUGCUGGGCUGGAAGGAGCCAGGAGACGCCUUUGGCAGCAGGCAGAAUUCUCACUCCCCAGUGAAGAACCCAGCCGGGCUCCCGGCCUGCGAGUCCCCCCCAGCGGGGGGUGGCCCCGGCAGAGCCUCCAGUCGGAAUGAAGACUUCAAGGCCCUGCUACAGAAGAAAGGCAGCAAGGCCAGUCCCGGGACUCGCACCUCCGCAGCAGAGCUUCUCAAGAGCACAAAUCCACUGGCUCGGCGGGUCAUGAUGGAGUUUGUCCCCGAGUUAGACAACCCAAGUGGUGCCAGAACCCAGCCCUGACCACCCCGAGUUCAUCCUGGCCAGGGAGGGGUGGAGACAGCAUUGCUGGGAGUUUUAUGCUGGCUCUUCAAAGCCCAGCUCCAGCUGCAGGGGCUGCACCCUCCCAGGCUGGGUGCUGUGAGGACAUCCUGCUGGGAUUUGUAUAAUUUUUUCCUUUCUUUAUUGGCAAUUUACGAAUCUUUUUUGUGUCUCCCUGGGGACUCCAGCAGAUGGAAGGUAAAUGUCUUAACUACAGAGCCCGCCCCCCUGUGCAGUCAGCUCCUGGCAUUGUUUCCGGUGGAGAUACAGUGGAAGGAGAUGGCUGUGGAAUGGAGAAGGCAGACAUCGGUCAUCAUGAGCAGGGCCAUCAUCAGAUGAUAGUGGGCUUCCCAUUCAUUCCCAGGGUCUGAUGACAAGUGUGGACUUCCCUCCUGCUCUUUGGGGCUCUGCAAACCGACUCCAGUUCAGCCCCAGUUGUAACCCAGUGUCCACGACGAAGCUAGCUUGAAACAGUUCAGUCGCUUCGGCAAGUGGUACUUUAAAUGGCUUUGAUCAUGCAAAAUGUUGAUGA